AUGGCGGGUGUAUGUCUCUCAGCUGACACAGCGGUGCGGCUCCUCGUGGGCCUCAGCGCAAAGGAAGCGACAUCGGAGCUGCGUGGGGCUCUCUGCAGUGUUCUGCAGCAGAACCCGGAGGCGCUUGAUCGGCCACGGCUGCUGGUGCAGGCCAUGGACGCCCUGGCCAAGUCCCAGAGUGCUGAGGAAGGUCUUCUGAAGGCCAUCAGCAAGCAGAUCGUCUACCACAUGGUGGACUUCAGUGUGAAGGACUUGGCUAUCACAGCGAAUGCAUGCCAGCGAAUGCUUGUGAGAGACGGCGCCAUUCUGGAAUCUUUGGUGCGACAGGCAGAAUCCCAAGCAGAGAUCAAAGACUCUACACUUCCUGUCUGCUGGAGCCAUUUUCGCGCACAACAGGCAGGUAGGCGUCGUGGUCAUCGGAGUUCGAGAGCAUGA